AUGCAAUUUUUCAUCAUUUCCUCUCUCGUCGCUGUUGCCGCCGCUGCCUCCAGCGCAUGCCCGUCCAGCGGCCUCUAUAUCAACCCCCAGUGCUGCACUCAGAGCUCUGGCUUUGCUGCCACCAACUGCGUGAACCCUUCAGGAUCUUCCACCACUGCACAGGAGCUUAUUGCCGAGUGUGCCAAGAGCGAGAAGAAGGCUUCCUGCUGCGCUUUGGCUAUCGCUGGUCAAAAUAUCUUCUGCAAAGACGCCAAAUAG